UAAAACGUCGUUUAGUAGUCUGGCGGUUGCCGUCGCAAACAGAUCGAAAAGUAUGGAGGUUCCGGCGACUAUCUUGGGGCUCUGGAUCGCCCUAUGCUUCGCCACAAACCCGGAGGUUGAGGGGGCCAGAUUUAGAAUGCCCAACUUGUCAGGGAAUUUAAAAUCUUGGAACUGCCAGGCGGACAACAUUGGAACCCAGUUAAACUUGACAACCCUAUCCGGGUAUUGGUACGAAGCUGCCCGGGUACCCAACGUCGAAGUUAUGGAGUGCCUUAAUGUCUCGGUCCCCAACGGAAUAGUGAAUAAUACAUUAUCCUUGGGCUUGAACUAUAUCGAUACGACCAAUGGAGGCAGAUCAUUCACCAACGAAUCCGUUGAUUUUCCUUGGAAUAACUCAACCCAACAUGGAAUUUUUGAACUGCAGUUCGAAAAGGUGUCUGUAACCUACAAACUGGUGUUCACGGACAACGCCGACGUCGCCUUCAUCUGUGGCUACGGAAGCAUAUCCCCCAUUCCUCUUUUUAAGCUUCUAACCAGGGAGCGGGAGAUUAGCGCGGAGAAAAUUGAAAUCGUCAAGAAUAUUGCAAAGAUUUAUGGAGUGGACUCGAUGAUUUCAUGGCAGGAUCAGUCGCCAGGGACGUGCAAUGGAUCCUGGGGCCUAACUCCUCUAAGAAUUCUAGUAGUUUCAAUCGCAUUUGUUUGGUUGCCAAAGAGUUUUUAACUAAAUUAUCAUCAUUUGAAUUUCUCUAAACGCUUAUCAGUGUUCGUUGUUUUAUCACUCA